AUGACUUCGCCGGAUGAGGCGGAGUUAGGACUCCCAGGGAACUAUAGGUUUGAGAUUGAAAAGAGUGUAAAACGUAUCAAGGAAAAAAAUGCUACACGCGUUGCCCUCCAGUUUCCUGAGGGUCUCUUGAUGUUUGCAGCUCCAAUUGCCGAUAUAUUAGAGGCGAGAACAGGUGCAGAGAUGGUGAUUUUAGGAGAUGUAACGUAUGGGGCGUGUUGCGUAGACGAUUACUCUGCUGCAGCACUUGGUUGUGAUUUUUUAAUCCAUUAUGGUCAUAGUUGCCUCAUAUCUAUCAAAGAUUGUCUUAUCAAUAGUAUGAUGUAUGUAUUCGUAGAAAUUGAUAUUGACGUUCAACACUUUGUGGAUACCAUAAAACACCUUGUGCCUCCAGAGACAAGAGUAGCAUGUAUUGCCACUAUUCAGUUUGUAUCCUCUAUGCGUGCUGGAAUGCUACUACUAAAGGAUUAUUUUCAACACCCUGUCAUUAUACCACAGAAUAAACCACUCUCUAGUGGUGAAAUUCUUGGAUGUACAAGUCCAAUGGUAGAUCCAACAGCUGUUGAUCUGGUAUUGUAUGUGGGUGAUGGAAGAUUUCAUCUGGAAUCAUUUCUUAUCGCUCACCCAACACUAGACGCGUUACAAUAUGAUCCAUACAAAAAAACACUAACAAAGGAGAGCUACAACACCACUGAGAUGCGUACGUUGCGACGAGAGGCAAUACAGAAGGGUAUGGCUGCUACAAGUUUCGCCCUUAUCAUGGGAACACUGGGCCGUCAAGGCAAUCCACGAGUAGUGGACCGCAUUGUACAGCUCGCAGAACGUCAAGGCAAAACCGUAAACAUUCUUCUUAUGUCCGAAAUAUUCCCACAGAAGCUUGCCACACUACAGGAUAUUGAUUGCUACAUUCAAGUUGCAUGUCCACGUCUUUCUAUUGAUUGGGGAUAUGCCUUUGAUAAGCCAUUACUUUCUCCAUAUGAAGCUGAAGUGGCCCUUGGAGGCACUACAUGGAGUGACACAUUUUACCCAAUGGACCACUAUUCAAAAAGUGGAGGACGCUGGGCGGUAUACACAGAUAAAUCACUUUAG